AUGUCAUUGAAGAGACUUUACUCACUGAAAGUAGCUCCUAAAGUCAGAACCUCAGCAGCUGCAGACCGAGUGAAAUUAUCUCCAGAGUCUGAGGAUCUUGAGAUUACAAAGUUGCCAAAUGGCUUAAUUAUUGCAUCUCUGGAAAAUUUUUCUCCUGCUUCAAGAAUUGGUGUGUUUAUUAAAGCAGGCAGCAGAUAUGAAACUGCCACUAACUUGGGAACUGCUCACUUGCUUCGCCUUGCAUCUACUUUGACUACUAAAGGAGCAUCUUCUUUCCGUAUUACUCGUGGCAUUGAAGCUGUUGGGGGUAGCCUAAGUGUAUACUCAACAAGAGAGAAAAUGACUUAUUCUGUUGAAUGCCUGCGUGACUACGUUGACACAGUAAUGGAGUACCUUCUUAAUGUCACCACAGCACCAGAGUUCAGGCCAUGGGAAGUAACUGAUCUUCAGCCACAACUAAAAGUUGACAAAGCAAUUGCAUUUCAGAAUCCUCAAGUUGGAGUGCUGGAAAACUUGCAUGCUGCAGCUUAUAAGAAUGCUUUGGCAAACUCCUUGUAUUGUCCAGAUUACAAAGUUGGAAAAAUUACUUCUGAGCAGCUUCACCAUUUUGUACAAAACAAUUUCACCAGUUCGAGAAUGGCUCUUGUAGGAAUCGGUGUAAAGCACUCUGACUUAAAGCAAGUUGCAGAGCACUUCCUAAAUAUCCGCAGUGGAGCUGGUAUUUCCAGUGCCAAGGCUGUCUAUCGAGGGGGAGAAAUCAGAGAACAGAACGGUGAUAGCCUCGUCCAUGCUGCUAUUGUAACAGAAGGAGCUGCUGUUGGGAGUGCAGAAGCAAAUGCGUUCAGUGUUCUUCAGCAUGUUUUAGGUGCUGGACCCCUCAUCAAGAGGGGAAGCAAUGCCACCAGCAAACUGUUCCAGGGUAUUGCUAAAGCAACUACCCAGCCAUUUGAUGCUUCUGCAUUUAAUGUUAAUUACUCUGAUUCUGGGCUCUUUGGGGUUUACACCAUAUCCCAGGCUUCAAAUGCUGGGGAGGUCAUUAAAGCUGCUUUGAACCAGAUGAAGUCAGUUGCUCAGGGCGGUGUCACUGAUGACGAUGUCACAAAGGCAAAAAAUCAGCUGAAAGCCACAUAUUUGAUGUCAGUGGAGACUGCAGAAGGGUUACUGAAUGAAAUUGGCUCCGAGUCAUUGGUUUCUGGCACACACUCAUCACCAUCUGCUGUUGCUCAAAAAAUCGACUCUGUAACUACUGCUGAUGUUGUGAAUGCUGCAAAGAAGUUUGUCAGUGGGAAGAAAUCAAUGGCAGCUAGUGGAGAUUUGGGAAAUACUCCUUUUCUUGAUGAAUUGUAAAACAAAACUGGGAUGCAGAUUCAAGAUGGACCUGAGCUCUAAGUCACCUGUGUUCAAAAUAAAUUGCUACUAACUUGUUAUUUAUGAAUUCAGUUCUUUCAGAAAAUCAAUCUGGAGUAAUUGCGAGCUUGCACUCAUCAAAUAAAAUGCUGAGUUCAUA